AUGUCCCUUCCUAUCGCGCCCACUUUUGGUACCUUUAAAAUACCUGAAAUUAACAAUGAAUUAAUGGAACGUGCUAAACUUCAAACUGCUUUGAAUGAACUUAAAUCUCAAUUUCCAAUUGAAAUUCCCCUUCUUAUAAAUGGAAAAGAGGUUGAUGAAUCGAUACCACGACCCCAAGUUCGCAAUAAUAAAACAUCAGAUCAAAGAAAUCCAUCUGAUCAUCAGACUAUUGUUGCAAAAUAUCAUGAAGCCGAACCGUCUCAUAUAGAAGAUGCUAUCAAGGGAGCAUUGGAAACUAAAUCUAUUUGGGAAAAUUAUUCAAUUAAAGAUAGAUGUUCUAUCUUUUUAAAAGCAGCAGAUUUAGUUUCAGGAAAAUAUCGAUAUAAACUUAUGGCUGCUACUAUGCUUGCAGAAAUUGAUGCAGCAGCAGAAUUAAUAGAUUUUUGGAGAUUUAAUGCCAAAUUCGCAUGUGAAAUUUAUCAAGAACAACCCAUAAAAAAUUCUGCGGGAGUAUGGAAUCGAAUAGAGUAUCGCCCAUUGGAGGGAAUUGUUUACGCAAUUUCCCCAUUUAACUUUACAGCAAUUGGUGGUAACCUUCCAAGUGCACCGGCAUUAAUGGGAAAUGUGGUACUUUGGAAACCAUCCCCAUUCGCGGUUCUUUCAAAUUGGAUUAUUUUACAAAUUUUGAGAGAAGCCGGAUUACCUGAUGGAGUAAUUCAAUUCGUUCCUGGACCAGCCGAAGAAAUUACUAAUCAAAUAUUGAAAUCACCAGAUUUUGCUGCAUUACAUUUUACAGGAUCCACUUUUGUUUUUAAAAAAUUAUUUAAAAAAAUUGGAAAUAAUAUAGAUAUUUAUAAAUCUUAUCCAAGAAUUGUGGGAGAAACGGGAGGAAAGAAUUUUCAUAUCAUUCAUAAAUCAGCGGAUUUAAAUAAUGCAGUUCAACAAACCAUUAGAGGAGCUUUUGAAUAUCAAGGUCAAAAAUGUUCAGCAUGUUCUCGUGCUUAUAUUCCGGAAUCUUUAUGGGAAGGCUUUUGUUCAAAGCUACGUGAUGAACAUUCUAGAAUUAAAGUUGGUUCCGUGGAAGCAUCAUUUGCCAAGAUUAAGGAUUACAUUGAUCACGCAUCAAAUGAUUCAGAAUGUGAAAUUAUUGCAGGUGGAAAAUGUGAUGAUUCUGAAGGAUAUUUUAUUCCACCCACAAUUAUUUUUACAAAGAAUCCAAAAUCUAAAUUUAUGGUUGAAGAAAUAUUUGGAUUUGCUUCGGAUCGCGCUGCGAUUGUGCUUGGAGAACAUAAAUUAAGAAAUGCUGCGGGUAAUUUCUAUAUUAAUGAUAAAUCUACUGGUGCCGUUGUGGGUCAACAACCAUUUGGUGGUUCACGCGGUUCUGGAACUAACGAUAAGGCGGGAAGUCAUACUGCGUUAUAUCGUUUUGUUUCAAUGCGCACUAUUAAAGAAAAUUUCAUUAACCUUGAAGAAUUUAUUUAUCCGUCUAAUUUGAGUUAA